CACAACAAUUACCAAAGUUGGGUAAGAAGGAAAGAAAAAAGAGAGUAAGAUAUGGAGUUGCCGGAUGAAUGCAUCGCUGACAUACUGUGUCGCACUACUCCAUUGGAUGUCGCCAGGAUCUCCGUCGUUUCUAAGAAUUUCUGCUCUGUCAUUGAUUCUGACACUAUUUGGGAUCAUUUUCUCCCUUCCGAUUAUCGUUCCAUCAUUUCCCAGUCUUUUUCCAUGGACAGCGUUCCUUCAAAGAAAGCCCUUUAUCUCGCUUUCUCAGAUCACCCUAUCAUCAUCGAUCAGGGGAAAAAGAGCUUUCAAUUGGACAGGAAGAGUGGGAAGAAAUGUUACAUGCUUUCUGCCAGAGCUCUCAACAUUUCUAACAGUGAUGAUGAACGUUACUGUCGUUGGGUUACCAUUCCAGAGUCUAGGUUCGAAGAAGUUGCCAUGCUUAAAGAUGCAUUACAGUUUUAUAUAUCCGGGACGAUAAAUACUAUUGAUUUAUCCUCAAACACUCAAUAUGCAGUUUUUCUUGUUUUUAAGUUGAUCACCACUCAUGGCUUUUACUACGAUCCCGUGUUGUUAUUGAUGCGCAUUUUUGGAGGCCCUAUAUGUACUAAGGGUGCUUGUUUGGACAUGAGGUUAGAAGCGAUGUCUACAUACAAUAUGCCACAAUAUCCAAAUAUGAGAAGUGAUGGUUUGUUGGAGAUUGAGAUGGGAGAGUUCUUCAGUUCAGGCCCAAAAGAUGGUGAAGUUGAGAUGGGUGUUAUGAUUUUAAAGAGUGUUUCAUGGAGGGGAAAUUUCUAUCUUGAAGGAAUAGAAGUUAGGCCUAAAGUAUCUUGUCCCAUAAGAAAUAUUAGACAGGCCUAG